UUGUAAUAAUUCAACAAUAAAAGGUUACAAAAUGAUAAAAUUUCCAAAAGAUUCUGUACGUCGGGCUUUAUGGGUACAGAAUAUUCCGACUAAGGAUUGGGUACCAGCAACCAACGCUCGUCUUUGUGAGAUUCAUUUUGCCCAACAAAUGUGGAAUACUGAUAACAAACAAAAAUUAUAACAAAAUGCAGUACCAACAAUUUUUGGUUUUUUUAUAAAAAAGCAAGUUCCAACAAAAGACGUACAGGAUGAUGAUAGUACUGAGAGCAAUAUUAAUAAAAUAACCAGUACAGAAAACAAUAAAUGUACAAAUAAAGUAAAUGAAGAAGUUAAUAUUGAAACUGUACCAUCGAAAGACAUAGAAUAUGAUAGCAGUACUGAAAGUAAUGUUGUUCAAAUAACCCACAAUAUGCAAAGCAGUAAGUGUACAAGUGAAGAAGUGACUAACAACACUGAAAAUGAAGAAGUUAUUAAUAUUGAAACAGUUAUAAAUGACAUUUCGAACAUCAUCGUGCCUACAACAUCGUCAGCAAAUAUACCCAUAUCUAAAUUUCAUAAAAACGAAAAAAAAGAACGUGAGAAGUGUAAAAAAUGUAAUGAGCUGAUGAAGAAACAGUACUUACGUUUUAUCAUUAUAAGAAAGAAAAUGAAAGCUUUACGAUAUAAAAAUAAAAUUCUAGAAAGCAAAGUUGAUAAUGAUAAGUACAAGAAAGCUAUGAGUACAAUAUUUAAUGAAGAUCAAGUAAGAGCAUUAUUAAAAAAAGUUCGUAUUCGAGAUUGGUUAAACGAGACAGUUCAACGUGCAUUAAAAUUAAAAUUUAUUUGUGGAAUUAGUGGUUAUGAGGAAUUACUUCGACAAGAAAUACCACUUCCUAGUUUAAGAACAUUGUCGCGUAAAUUAGAAGACUUCAAAUUUGAACUUGGAAUAUCAAAUCAAAUGUUUGAGUUCCUAAAAUUAAAAAAAUCCUCUUUUAAUGAAACAGAUUUCGAAUGUGGAUUAAUAUUUGAUGAAAUGGCUAUAAUAUCAAAGAAAUGUUAUAAUCCUGCAACUGGAUCAUUAGUAGGAGAUAUAACAUCU